GGGGGCCGGGGUGGGGUGGGGCAGGAUGCUGGAUGGCCAGCUAUUCUCCGAGGGGCCCGACAGCCCCCGGGAGCCCCAGGAUGAGGAGUCUGGCAGCUGCCUCUGGGUGCAGAAAUCCAAGCUGCUGGUGAUCGAAGUGAAGACAAUUUCCUGUCAUUAUAGUCGCCGCGCCCCUCCUCGACAGCCCAUGGACUUCCAAGCCAGCCACUGGGCCCGUGGGCCCCAGAGCCGCACGUGUGGGCCGCGCUCGGGAUCCCCUGAACCGCCGCCCCGCCGUCCCUGGGCCUCCAGGGUGCUGCAGGAGGCGACCAACUGGCGGGCGGGGCCCCCGGCCGAGGCCCGAGCCCGGGAGCAAGAGAAAAGGAAAGCGGCAUCGCAAGAGCGGGAGGCCAAGGAGACCGAGCGAAAAAGGCGCAAGGCUGGUGGGGCCCGAAGGAGCCCCCUCGGUCGGCCCCGCCCGGAACCUCGGAACGCCCCUCGGGUGGCCCAGCCUGUAGGGCCCUCAGCUCCUUCACGACCCGAGCGCCUGGGGCUGGCGGGGCGACCGCCCCGUCCAUCCGCGCAGCCUCAGAGCGACCCAGGGGCGGCGUGGGCGGGGCCCUGGGGAGGUAGGCGGUCAGGGCCCCCCAGCUACGAGGCGCACCUGCUGCUAAGGGGCGCAGCCGGGACGGCCCUGCGACGACGCUGGGACCGCCCGCCACCCUACGUGGCUCCACCUUCUUACGAAGGCCCCCACAGGACCUUGGGGUCUAAGCGAGGCCCCGAGCCCUCCCAGGCGCCCGCCUCAGCAGCCUGUGCUCCGACUCCGGCCAGGACAGAGGGAGGGUUCACAAAGAAGAGGCUGGAUCCUCGGAUCUAUCGGGAUGUCCUCGGGGCUUGGGGUCUCCGACAGGGACGGGGUCUCCUGGGGGGAUCCCCAGGCUGUGGAACAGCCAGGCCAAGGCUGGAGUCCGGCAAAGGGGCCGUGGAGAAAAGCCUGGGGCUGGCUAGUGCCGGCCCGAAUAGUGGUAGUGACAGCCAUCCCCAAGCCAAAGCUGCUGGGAGCCCAAGCUCGGAGACAGCUCCUGCGGGGUUGGCCGCUGCGACUCCCAGCCCACCGCGUCCCGCUCCCAGGUCCAGGCCCCAUCUCAAGGGCCCCGGGGAAGGGAAAGAAAGUAGGGAACAGAGCUGGCUCCCCAAAUGCUGGAUUCCCUCCCUUAAAAGGCAGCCACCGCGACAUAGCCAGACCCUCCCCAGACCCUGGGCUCCAGGAGGCACUGGAUGGAGAGAGUCCCUGGGUCAUAGAGAGGGGGCAGGACCUGAGACCUUGGAGGGUUGGAAAGGGGCCCGCCGCGCCCACACCCUGCCCCGCAGCUCCCGCGGCCCUGCUCGGCGAGAAGGCGUCUUUGUCAUUGACGCCACGUGCGUGGUGAUACGCUCCCAGUACGUUCCAACCCCUCGAACCCAGCAUGUACAGCUUCUGCCCAAUGGGGUGCCGCGCGUCGGGGGGGAUGCCCCUAACCAACCGAAGCCCAACAAGGAAGAGGUCGAGGGAGUCGCGGCCUUUCCCUCCCCAUGCCAAAAACUGCUGUUGAGCAGUCGCCUUUCACACCAGCUCGGUGGGGGGCGAGGGUUCGAAGCUGAGGGCGGGAAGCCCCCGGACUCCUCCUUGGAGGAGCGCGCCUCGCGCAUCUUGGGGCUCCCGGUUGGCGAAGUAAACCUGCAGGACGCCCCCACGCAGCCAGGUAGCCCAGAGCGCUCAGUCUUAGGCCCACCGGCUUCGGGAGGCGCGGGCAGUGCCGAGGGCUCGGAGGAAGUGGCGGCUGUCCCGCGGCGCGCGGGCCGGGGCUGGGCGCGGACCCCAGGGCCCUACGCCGGGGCCCUGCGGGAAGCCGUGUCCCGCAUCCGGCGUCACACUGCCCCGGACUCGGACUCAGACGAAGCUGCGGAGCUCAGCGUCCACAGCGGCUCUUCUGAUGGAAGCGACACCGAAGCCUCGGGCGCCUCCUGGCGAAAUGAGCGGCCCCGGCCCGGGGAAGGCGGGAAGACGGCAGAGCUGAGCGACAGUAUCCGAGAGAUUCUAGAUGUCAUCAACCGAACCGAGGAGGCCUUCUUCGGAGAAAGGGACACUAAGGGGAUGCCACAGGGAAAUAGGGAGCAGCAGUGAGAGGCCCUUUCUUGUAUUUGUGUUCCCCAACCUUUCCAUCUUUGGGCCCACUGGUCCUCUUUCUUCCUCACAGACUUCCUUGUACCCCUUACCGAUAGCCGUUCCCACACUUGAAAUAGCAGCCGCCCGAUUGAAAGGAAAGGGAGCAUGUGGCAAUUCAUGGUUUCUUUCUUUUUUUUUUUUUCUUUGUCCUUUCCUUUCUUACUUUCCUUUCCCUUCCUUUCCUUUCCGGGAGAGGCGAGGAUGAGCAGUUGACUUUAAUCCCUGCUCCAUUCAGGGCACUGGGGUAAAAUCUUCACCAGGGGCAGAUGAACUAGUUGUGGAGCUGAGCAGAGAGACCUAGCCAGGACCAGGAGGGAGGGCAGGGAUGGUAUAGUCAUAGGAGGGCAACUUAGGGCGGAGUCUCUGGGCUGGAGGGGGAAAGUGAUGGAAGAGGCUUCUGAGUGAGGUGACCAGGUGACAUAGAGGCCUUUGGCAGAAGAGGAAGGGACCCAGAAGCAACCAGCAAAACAGGAAGAGGGCUUACUUUGGUGUCACAAGGCCCCAAACAAGGUUCCAAUCCCAACUCUGACACUGACUGCUGGGUGACCUUAGCCAAGUCACUUCCCUUCUCCAGGCCUACUAAUAUGUAAAAUGAGGGAGUCCUAACAUCAUCUCUGAUGUUUUGGAUCCUUGGGGGAGGAUGUGUAUCUUAUCCUCUCCUCCACUGGCAGAGAAAGAGAAUUAGGAAUAAAUGUACGGAGUCUGAGUGUCCCUGGGUGGCUUCAUUUUCACCUGCACUCGUUCACAACUCAAGAGAUUGUCCAAGGUUUGCAGAAGAUCUGAGUGAGUGGGUGAGGGCUUCUAUCCCAGUAUCUUAGGUUUAGGUGAGGGCUCCCCAAAGCAGAGCAGGAGUGUGGCCUUGUCACUGUCCCUGGCCUGCAGUGGUCUGAGCUGGGGAGGGAAGGCAGCCAGUGAAUCAGCUUGGGACCUCUUUAGGCCUUCCCCUUUUCCUCCUCCCCAGUGUUCCUUAGUGAUGCUAUGAAUUGUUACCACAAUUUCACACCCCGGUGGUAUCACUCAUCUGAAAGAACCCUGAAAAUUUCUUGCAUCUCUGCCUCUUCCAGAAACCUUGGCCAGGGAAGGAAGAGGGAGGCUGGUCCCCAAAAGCCUGUAGGUGUGGGGUGUGAUACUCGCUGUAGCCACUAUGGGGCGCGCGCAGGUCGCGGAUUUCCCCAGUAGCUAAUUCCCGAGUCCCCCGCCCCGUACCCAGGCACUGCUAGUUAACCAGUUGAUUCCCAGUUACUGCGCGCCGGUCCCCCCGCCUUCCAGCCGUGUGAGGUCGGGGGCAGUCCUCUGGCCUUCUAGACUUCUGGAGCGCGCGGAGCCCCUCUUUGUACUCACCCACGCCAAGUGGCUUGGGACCCAGACACUGAAGUCUUUUUUCUCUACCAUCUUGGAGAGCUCUGUCUCUAUUUACUAGCCAUGCGAAUUUGGCCAAAUCACUUCACCUCCCUGAGCCUCAGUUUCCUCAUCUGUCAAAUGGGGGUUUAUAAACACCUACCUCGCAGGGUUGUUGUGAGGAUUUUAUGCGAUAAUGUAUGUAAAGCGCCUUGCACAGUGCCUGGCACACAGUAGGCGCUCAAUAAAUCUAAGCUUCCCUUUGUCCAA